AUGGGAAUGGAAACGAAAUCACAGACGAGUGCUACAGAGAUUAAUAAAUCGCUUGGUUCACGCAUCGAUCAAAUGCUUCGCCGAACCCAGGCGUUGGAGACUUCGAUCACAGAGCAAAACGCGACGAUUGCGAAGACCACGGCGGAUAUGCUUGAAACAAUCAGGUUGUUAUCACUUUCAGAAGUUAAUCAACCAUCUUUGGCUCCGUCUGUUCCGAUUAACGCCAACAAAUUGGGUCAAAAUUUGAGUUCAGGGUUGAGAAUAGAUACUCAGAUGAAUAUCAGAAUGUUUCAUCCUGAAACAGUGAGCCAAUGCUUUAUGUUGGGAAGAUUAUACGAAACAGCUCAUCCACAGAAGUUUACACCAUCUUCUUGGAAAAAUUCUAAGCCUCAGCAAUUGCAGCUCAAGGAAUGUCAGAUUUCAAAGGAUGAAGGGUUGAAGGAACCGGUUAUCGAUAAAGAAAAGCAGAAGUUAAAGGACGCUGAAACUAAUGCUAAGAAAGGAAAGAGUGGCUUCUUUGGAGACGGUAAGAACAAUUCCAUCCGUUGGUUUUAG